AUGGCCGCCCUCCCGAUCAAGUUCCACGAGCACCUGCAGCUUCCGAAUGCCGGCAUCCGAGUGCCGAACAUCACGUUCUCCAACGUCACCAUGGAGUCGGACAAGAACAUUGUCGUCAGAGAGAUGGUAGGCUUUCGGAAACGGAAAAGCGGAGAAAUGCAAGUAUUUGGUGUUCAGAUUGGCGAUCAGCAACAGGUGGUGAUCAUCGACAUGGCGGACACUUCGAAUCCGACGCGCCGUCCGAUCUCGGCCGACUCAGUCAUCAUGCACCCGACCGCAAAGAUUCUCGCGUUGAAAUGUGAGCACUUUUCGUGUGAAAAUGGCUAAUUCUGGCCGAGUCCGAAAUUUUCACAUUUUCCGCUCGGAACCCUGAGUUUUCGUCAAAAAGGAACGAUUUCGCAAUCAACAGGCCUACUUUUCGAAUAAAUCGUGGGCAAUGACGCAUUUUCCCUCGAAAUUCUGUAAAAAAAGCUGCUAUUUCUGACUCAUUUCCUCUGAAAAUUUGUGUUGUUUUCGUCAAAUUCCCAAAACCAAUGACUUAUCGAUUUUGAAAUCCCCAUUUUCAGCCGGAAAGACGCUUCAAAUCUUCAACAUUGAGCUGAAAGCCAAAGUGAAAGCUCAUCAGAAUGUGGAAGAUGUGGUGUUCUGGAAGUGGAUCACCGAGAAGACGAUCGCAUUGGUCUCCGACACAGCUGUCUACCACUGGUCGAUAGAAGGAGACGCGGCGCCCGUGAAGAUGUUCGAUCGGCACCAGUCGCUGGCCGGCACGCAGAUCAUCAACUACCGUGCGGACGCCGACUCGAAAUGGCUCGUGCUCAUCGGAAUUUCGGCGAAGGACUCGCGCGUCGUGGGCAGCAUGCAGUUGUACAGCACAGAGCGCAAGGUCUCGCAGCCCAUCGAGGGACACGCUGCCAGUUUUGUCAAGUUCAAGGUGAUUCGGAGGUUCUGGAGUGCAAACUCUAAUGGUUUUCUUGCAGGUCGACGGUAAUUCGCAGCCGUCGAACUUGUUCUGCUUCUCGGUGAAGACUGAGACGGGCGGAAAACUGCACGUGAUCGAAGUGGGUACUCCUCCGACCGGAAACACUCCGUUCCAGAAGAAGAACGUCGACGUUCCGUACACGGCCGACACCGCCAGCGAUUUUCCCGUUUCCAUGCAGGUAACAGCUGUGAAAAUCAACUCAAACCGUGCCUAAUUGAUGCGUUCCCCUCAUGUAAACAAAAAUUCGAUACCUUCCCCAAAAUGUUUACUAAAUUACUUGUAUAUUUAUAAACUCUCUUCAGGUGUCUGCAAAGCAAGGAAUAAUCUACCUGGUGACAAAGCAGGGAUACGUGCACUUGUACGAUGUCGAGUCGGGAACACGCAUCUACUCGAACCGCAUCUCGACGGACACGGUCUUCGUUACGUGCGAGUACACGGCGACUGGCGGAAUCAUGGGCAUCAACCGGAAAGGACAAGUGCUCUCCGUCUCGAUCGACGAGGCCAACCUCGUGCCGUUCGUCUCGAAUAACCUGCAGAAUCCGGACUUGGCUCUGAAACUCGCCGUCCGCUGCGAUCUUCCGGGAGCCGAGGAGCUGUUCGUCCGCAAGUUCAACCUGCUCUUCAGCAACGGACAGUUCGGAGAAGCCGCCAAAGUGGCUGCCUCGGCUCCACAGGGAAUUCUCAGAACACCGGCCACCAUCCAGAAGUUCCAGCAGUGCCCGGCCACCGGAGCGGGCCCGUCGCCGCUUCUUCAGUACUUUGGAAUCCUUUUGGACCAAGGAAAGCUCAACAAAUACGAGACGCUCGAGUUGUGCCGUCCAGUUCUGGCCCAGGGGCGAAAGGAGCUGAUCACGAAAUGGCUGAACGAGCAGCAGUUGGAGUGCUGUGAGGAGCUCGGAGAUCUGAUCAAGCCGCACGAUGUGAACACGGCGCUCUCGGUCUAUCUGCGUGGAAAUGUGCCGCACAAGGUGGUCCAAUCGUUCGCCGAAACCGGACAGUUCGACAAGAUCGUCAUGUACGCGAAGCGAGUGGGAUUCCAGCCGGACUACCUCUUCCAACUGCGCCAGAUCCUUCGCAACUCGAACCCGGAUAACGGAGCCAAGUUCGCGCAACUUCUCGUCUCCGAAUCGGAGAACGGAGAGCCGUUGGCGGAUCUCUCGCAGAUCAUCGACUGUUUCAUGGAAGUGCAGGCCGUGCAGCCGUGCACAUCCUUCUUGCUCGAGGUGCUCAAGGGAGACAAGCCGGAGGAGGGACACCUUCAGACGAGACUGCUCGAGAUGAACCUGCUCGCCGCCCCCGCCGUCGCCGACGCCAUCCUCGCCAACAAGAUGUUCUCGCACUACGACCGCGCCGCCAUCGGACAGCUCUGUGAGAAGGCCGGACUCCUUCAGAGAGCCCUCGAGCACUUCACCGAUCUCUACGAUAUCAAGCGGACUGUCGUGCACACGCACUUGCUCAAGCCUGAUGUAAGUUCCUCGUAUUUCUCUUCCCUUUUCAUAUGACUCGUUUGCAGUGGCUCGUCGGAUAUUUCGGAAGCCUUUCGGUCGAGGAUUCGUUGGAAUGCUUGAAGGCGAUGCUGACUCAGAACAUUCGGCAGAACCUCCAGGUCGUUGUUCAAAUCGCCUCCAAAUAUCACGAGCAACUGGGCGCCGACAAGCUGAUCGAGAUGUUCGAGAACCACAAGAGCUACGAAGGUCUCUUCUACUUCCUCGGAUCGAUCGUCAACUUCAGCCAGGAUCCGGAGGUGCAUUUCAAGUACAUCCAGGCCGCCACCCGUACCGGACAGAUCAAGGAGGUCGAGAGAAUCUGCCGCGAAUCGCAGUGCUACGAUGCGGAAAGAGUGAAGAACUUCCUGAAGGAGGCCAAGCUCAACGACCAGCUGCCGCUGAUCAUCGUUUGCGACCGUCACAACAUGGUGCACGACCUCGUCCUCUACCUCUACCGGAACCAGCUCCAAAAGUACAUCGAGGUGUUCGUGCAGAAAGUGAACGCCGCCCGUCUCCCGAUCGUUGUCGGAGCACUUCUCGACGUGGAUUGCAGCGAGGACGCCAUAAAGCAGCUCAUCGUGAACACGCGCGGAAAGUUCGACAUUGACGAGCUCGUCGAGGAAGUGGAGAAGCGGAACCGUCUGAAGCUGCUCAACCACUGGCUGGAGAGCCGAAUCCAGGAGGGAGCCACCGACGCGGCCACCCACAACGCCAUGGCCAAGAUCUACAUAGACGCGAACAACAAUCCGGAGCGGUUCCUCAAGGAGAACCCGUACUACGACAGCAAAGUGGUCGGAAAGUACUGCGAGAAGCGUGAUCCGCACUACGCGUUCCUCUCGUACGAGAGAGGACAGUGCGACGCCGAGCUGAUCAACGUGUGCAACGAGAACUCUCUUUUCAAGAACCUUGCCCGUUACCUCGUCAAAAGACGCGACUUCGGACUGUGGGAGCAGGUGCUGAACGAGGAGAACGUCUACCGCCGUCAGCUGAUCGACCAGGUCGUCCAGACGGCGCUCUCGGAGACCCAGGACCCGGAGGACAUUUCGGUGACUGUGAAGGCGUUCAUGGCUGCCGAUCUGCCGAAUGAGCUCAUCGAACUGCUCGAGAAGAUCGUGCUGGACAACUCGGCGUUCUCGGAGCACCGCAAUCUGCAAAAUUUGCUCAUUUUGACUGCGAUCAGAGCCGACCGAACCCGUGUCAUGGAAUACAUUCAAAAGCUCGACAACUACGACGCCCCGGACAUUGCGAACAUCGCGAUCAGCUCGGAACUCUACGAGGAGGCGUUUGCCAUCUUCAAGAAGUUCGACGUCAACUCGAGCGCCAUCAACGUGCUCAUCGAGAAUGUGAACAAUUUGGACCGUGCCUAUGAGUUCGCCGAGAAGUGCAACCAGUCGGAUGUGUGGGCGUCGCUCGCGAAGGCUCAGCUCAAGCAGGAUCUCGUCAAGGAAGCCGUAGAUUCGUUCAUCAAGGCCGACGAUCCGGGAGCGUACAUGGAGGUGGUGAACAAGUGUUCGCAGACGGAGCACUGGGAGGACCUUGUCCGUUACCUGCAGAUGGCUCGCAAGAAGAGCCGCGAGUCGUACAUCGAGACGGAGCUCGUCUACGCGCUCGCCAAAACCGGAAGGCUCACCGAGCUGGAGGAGUUCAUCGCCGGACCGAACCACGCGCAGAUUGGACAGAUCGGAGACCGAUGCUUUGACAACGGAAUGUUCGACGCCGCCAAGAUCCUCUUCACGAACGUGUCGAACUUUGCGAAGCUUUCGGUCACUCAGGUGCGCCUCGGAGAGUACCAGGGAGCCGUGGACGCUGCUCGCAAGGCGAAUAGCACGAAGACGUGGAAGCAGGUGUGCUUCGCUUGCGUCGAGAACGGCGAGUUCCGUCUCGCCCAAAUGUGCGGUCUGCACAUUGUGGUGCACGCGGACGAACUCGAGGAGCUCAUCAACUUCUACCAGGAUCGCGGACACUUCGAGGAGCUCAUCAACCUUCUGGAGGCCGCUCUCGGACUCGAGCGGGCCCACAUGGGAAUGUUCACGGAGCUGGCGAUCCUCUACUCGAAGUACAAGCCGGAGAAGAUGCGCGAGCACUUGGAGCUUUUCUGGAGCCGCGUCAACAUUCCGAAGGUGCUGCGAGCUGCCGAGCAGGCUCAUUUGUGGGCGGAGCUCGUGUUCCUGUACGACAAGUACGAGGAGUACGACAAUGCGGCACUCACGAUGAUGCAGCACCCGACGGAGUCGUGGAGAGAGCAGCACUUCAAGGAGGUCAUCGCGAAGGUGGCCAACGUGGAACUGUACUACAAGGCGAUGCAGUUCUACUUGGACUUCAAGCCACUGCUGCUCAACGACCUGCUCACAGUGCUCUCGCCGCGAUUGGACCACUCGAGAACGGUGCUCUUCUUCAACAAGCGUGCGUUUAUAAAGUUUUGAGAAGCUUUUCGAAUAAUAAUUCUGUAUAUUUCAGUGAAGCAGAUUCCGUUGGUGAAGCCGUACCUGAGACAGGUGCAGAACCUGAACAACAAGGCCAUCAACGAGGCGCUCAAUCAGUUGCUCAUCGACGAGGAGGACCACGCUGGUCUCCGCGCCUCCAUCGAGGCCCAGGAUAACUUUGACAACAUUUCGUUGGCUCAGCAGCUCGAGAAGCAUCAAUUGGUGGAGUUCCGCCGCAUCUCCGCCUACCUUUUCAAGGGGAACAACCGGUGGAAGCAGUCGAUCGAGCUGUGCAAGAAGGACAAGCUCUACAAGGACGCGAUGGAGUACGCGGCGGAGUCGAGGAACGGAGAGCUCUCCGAGGAGCUGCUCUCGUUCUUCCUAGAGGAGAAACUGUACGACUGUUUCGCCGCCUCGCUCUACCACUGCUACGACCUCCUGCAUCCGGACGUGAUCAUGGAGUUGGCGUGGAAGCACAAGAUCAUGGACUACGCGAUGCCGUACAUGAUCCAGGUGAUGAGAGACUACCAGACGAGGCUCGAGAAGCUGGAGAGAUCGGAGCACGAGCGCAAGGAGGAGAAGGCCGAGCAGCAGCAAAACAACGGAAUGAGCAGUCAGUGGAUCCGCUCGCAUUUCAGCCCUUAAUUCCUUCUUGUUUCAGUGGAGCCGCAACUGAUGCUCACUUACGGAGCGCCCGCCCCUCAGAUGCCGUACCCGGGAGCCCCUGGAGCGUACGGCGGAGCCCCUUACGGAGCGCCCGGACAGCCCGGAUAUAAUGCUCCGGGAGGAUUCAUGUAAUUUAUUGCAUUGUCUAUAUUUAUACUAUAAAAAUUAAUUAUUUUUCCCUGUUUCUACAGCUCCCCUCUCCCCCAUUCGCCCCGUCAUUUUUACCUGAAUUGUGAUGGUCCUUUUCCCUUUUUCUCCUAAUCAGACAUUUUCUAAUCGUUCGCUUUCGUCCCUCCAGUCUAUUACAAAAGGUUGUUUUUGGUCUGUUUUAUCUUUAUUUAUCCGUCCCCGCAUCCCCCGAAUCCGUUCUCUUACAGAUAUCCUAAUUUAAAGAAAGACUUUUGAUUAUUAAUUUUUGUGAGGAAAUAUGAAUGAAUUAUUGCAUUGCCCCCACAAAUCGAUGGUUCUCUUUUUUCCGAAUUUAUGAUGAUGCGAUUGGUUUUUGUCCAGAAGAUACACGAUAUAUUGAAAAGUGAGAAAGUUGUUAUAUUGUCUAUCUACAAGUGAAAAAAUGGUGGUGGCCAAAGUUUCAGAAGAAAAAACUAGGCGAUGUGACUUUAAAAGAACAAAGAAAUGGAAAAAUUGGCUAUUUCAAACCGUUCGAAAGCCCUACAUUUAUCACAUGUUUGAUAGUUUUUUCUUGCAAAGCUGAAAAAUACAAAGCUGAAAAAUGUUGCGAAAUGUUCAGAAUGGCCAGUAAGAGUAAGCCGAAAGGAAGCGGAUGCAGCGAAGGCGGCGACUUGCGCGUUCAGACGGAGAACGGCGAGACGUUCAUAACGGCGACGCAACGGCCGGACGGCUCGUGGCGGAAAGCCCGCAGGGUCAGAGAAGGGUAAGACAGAAAGAGAGAGAGUGGAGCCAGCGGACGGACGGACCAUUUGAAGGUACAUUCCGCAAGACGAGCAGCCAAAGUACCAGAAUCGGAUGCAAAUGGAGGCGAGCAACGGAGGAGCACGGAGCGGCGGACCGAUCGGAAUGAAUCCGAGGACACACGGGGCAGGAGCCGCACAGGCGGGCACCAGGAAACCCAUUAGUGGUGAGACACGCAGAUUUUUAAAGGAAAUCUGCAAUUUCUGGCCUUUUGACCUUUUGAAGUUAUCCGAAUGGAUCCUAUUAUAGGGGCACCGCACAGAAAUGGCGCUCUGUUGAGAAACUCUUUUUGCAGUGCAAAUUGACCGACCUCGGGGCCGAUUUUGAAAAGUUAGGUCACGUUUUCAGUAGAAAAUUACUUCGCGGCCUAGAAAUUCGUCCAGAUUCCGAACAGCGCGCCCUUUCUGUCCGGUGCCCCUAUAAUAACUUUGCACGAUUAGCAGUCUUGGUUAGCAGUGUUUUCCUUGGAAGUUUAGCCUUGUUGGACUAUCUGGAAUUGUAUCGAUUUUAUUUAAAAUUCGGUUAAAAUGCGUAAAUUCACAAUCCGAGACCAAGGCUCAUACGAUCACAUUCUUAAACUCAAAAGUUCUCAAAAAUGCGUGUUUAGCGAUCAAAGCGAACGUGGCAAUCACUCCGCAAGACCAUUUGAAGAAGAAAAUCGAGUUGGUGAAGAAGAAAGUGGACGAUAUUGAAGGAAUGGAGGCAAGCACCUUUUUUUUAAGUUUUCCCAUGAAAUCUGUAUGAUUUCAGAGCCGCGUGGCCGCCGGCGAACUGGUUCCGCAGCCGAAUCAGGUGAAGAAAAUCGAGCGAAAACAGGAAUAUUUAGAGGAAAUCGAAAAGUUGACAAAGGAACUCGAGAAGCUGUGA